AUGAGCGACGGAAUACGUGUGGCGAAGAGGCGCCGAAUCACCUCCGAUCUCGUCGAAAUCACCGUGGGCGAAGACAAGGGGGAACCCUUCAAAAUUCAGCGCUUUUUGCUCGAAGAGAACUCCGAGUUCUUCAAGGCCGCCCUUCGCGAUGAGUGGAAAGAAGGCCAAGAGAAGAAGGUCCACCUUGCAGACGACGACUGCGAGACUUUUGCAGUCUUUGAGGAAUGGCUGUACUCGGGCAAAAUCGGCUCAAAAGAGGGAUGUGACACAAAGAAGCUUACCGCACCACAAAUCUACAGAGAACAGCAGCUCAUUGCCAAGCUGUACGUACUGGGAGAGAAAUUGGUCGCCGACCGGUUUGCCAACUGUGUAUUACGGGCGAUGGCAGAGCUCUGUACAACUACCGGCUACAUCGUAACAUCGACAGCCAUGGGCACCAUCUACCGUGGCACGACAGAGACCUCACUCAUGCGAAAAUUUCUUGUGGACUCCUUCUACAAACACGUGGACCCGGAAUUCCUCACUGAGGCCAAUGCUUGGGCCGCUUGGGCGCACCCUUAUCAGUUUUGGUGCGAUCUCACCAGGAAGUGCCUUGCAUCUCACGACCGCAGCAAGGUUGCAGCCCCCGAGGACAAUAUCGAGAUCUACCUCAAGAAUGAGUAG